UCGCCUGCCAUUAUUCACAUUACAGUCGCUUCGGAUGCCGAUCACUUGAUAUCGCUUAUCGAUGAGAUCUCCUAUGUAUCACCGCCAUCUACAAUACUCUCUCAAUACGAUGACAUACCACCAGAAUUGUUUUGCAAUAGCGACAACCGUCCCGCCAAUUGCGGUGAAAAUUGUGAAUGCGUACACAAAGUCGAUAUACCGCUUGGUGCUGUUGUAGAAGUUGUGCUGGUCGACGAAGUGCAACAGAUAAAUAUUAGUCAUCCAUUCCAUUUGCAUGGCACCUCGUUCGUGGUAUUGGGCAUGGGCCGUUCGCCCGAUAUGCAAUUACAACGCAUGAAUCUACAGCACGCAUUGGAGUUGGAUAAGCGUGGCCUGUUGGAACGUCGCUUUCUCAAGCCAGCGCUGAAGGAUACUAUAGCCGUGCCGAAUAAUGGCUACGCAGUAUUGCGGUUUCGUGCUGACAAUCCCGGUGUUUGGUUGUUCCAUUGUCAUUUCCAAUUUCACAUUGUCAUCGGCAUGAAUAUGUUGUUCCAAGUUGGCACGCCCGCAGACUGGCCGCCAGUUCCGGUUAGCUUUCCACGUUGCGGUAAUCAUAUGCCACCUAUCACUAUGUGGUAG